GUUUAGUUGUAGAAAGCUCUCAUUUGGUCAAAACAUCCGUGUUGAAACAACAUGGCGUAUGCAGUCAAUAGCUUGGUGGGGAUUUUGUUAGCUGUUUGUAUCCAGGCGACCCGUGUUGGAGCAGGAGAGACAUGUUACUACACCAACAGUAUCGGCAAGGUCAUAAGGUUGUACUGCCAAUACAGCGACUGUUGUGGUGUUAACAAUUAUAGGUACUGCUGCCACACCAGCCACACAGCAGUGAUUGUUGGUGGCGUGUUGGGCUUCCUUUUUCUGGUGGGCAUUGCGGCUUGCAUAGUUUCCUGCUGUUUCUGUGCCUGUUGUCCGAUCUACCAGAACAGAGUACGGUCAAGGGGCGUUGUCAUAACAACAACAGGAACACACACAGUGCCUACAAAUUACAACACCAUCAAUUGGACUACCCAGCCAACCGCCGGUCCGUACAUGGGACAACCACCGAAAUAUCAGUACUAACCCGCCAUCACUUAUAAUUAAAAAAAUAGAAUAUUUGUUUCCAGCUGUAAACUACUAUCACAUAUGUAUGUGCUGAGUAUUAAUAAAGUGUAAACUCUCAAACGAAAGAUUUCAACUGAAUUAAAACAGCAAAUGUGGACAAAACUCAUAACCUGCAUAGUCAUUUAAAACUGUUAACCAAAUACUUAUAUCAAUAUUUUUUUAUUUAAAUUAAUAAUUUUGCGACGUAUUGAUAUAAUACAUACAUGAAUUAAUUAAUGAAUGUAUGAGUGAGUUAAUGAGUGAAAGAUUGAGCUAGUGAGUAAGUGAGUGAGGGAGGGAGGGAGUGAACUAACGAACGAACGAACGAACAAGUAUUUCAUAUAAUUAACACUACGUAUAUACGUAUAGCUGCAUAAACAUGUAUUAUAUCAUAUCUCCUAUCAAUGAUAGUAUAACUAAGAUAUGCUGUAUAAGCUUAUUUUGAUCACUUUGACUUUUUAUACUCUUUUAUUAUUAUGAGGCUGUUUUGAAUUACGGUUUUAAUAAAACUUGCGUUGAUUUAA